AUGGCGGAGAAGAAGAUGAAGGCAAAGGAGCUGAAACGGAAAAACAUCCUGGAUUCCAUGCAGCGCAUCCAAGACUUCCUGACGAAUUACGAUGAGGAGCGAGACAUGAACGAGGUAGCGAUACGUCUGGCCCGACUUGAUAACCUGAUGGAAACUUUUGAAGCGAUCCAAGGAGAAUAUGAAACGUACGACGAUGAACCAGAAUUUGCUGCGGCUAAUGCGAAGUACCUCCGAUCUGCUUUGCGAGGUGACGCGCUAAAACUCAUUGAAUCCUUAACCAUUACCGCAAACAACUACGCGGUAGCUUGGGAAGCACUCCUCAACCGCUAUUCCAACACAUACUUACUAAAAAAGAAACACUUGCAAGCUCUAAUUGUCCACUCGAAGGUCUCGGGGAAAUCCGCUGCUGGUUUACGUGCUGUAGUAGAGGAUUUCCAACGGCAUGUCAAAAUACUCAACCAACUAAAUGAACCAACCGCGCAUUGGGGCAGUCUCUUGGUUCAACUACUGUGCUCUCGAAUCGACGAUUACACCCUGAAGGAAUGGGAAGAAUUUGUCUCUGCUAAUCACGAACCAACUUAUGAAAACCUCAUCGAAAUAUUAACCCGUAAAAUCCGGACCCUAGAAUCCCUUCACAUUUCGGCUGAGCAGUCCACUUCUUCUUCUCAAACGAAGCACAAUCUCCCUGUCAGGCAAACUAAACCCCAAAAUCCUACAUCGUCGAAAAUCAACUCCUAUACUGCAGUGGAACGGUACCAACCUGAAUGCCUAGCUUGCCGCGAUUAUCAUCCUUUAGUGAGAUGUCCGGUUUUUGAAAAGAUGCAGCUUAAAGAUCGGUUGAACCUGGUCAACACGAAACGGAUUUGUAGCAAUUGCUUCAGGGGCAACCACUUCGCCCGGAAUUGCCAAUCCAACUUCUCCUGCAAACACUGUCAAAAACGCCACCACUCUUUAUUGCAUCCCGGGUUCGAUGCAUCAGUAUCGAACAACAAUCCAAAUUCCAGCGGCUCACAAAUCCGAACAGCCCAGAAUUCUCCUAAAGUCAACGAAUCCUCAACAGUGGCAAAAAAUCCUGAAGUGAUCUCGUCCAACUCCGCUGUAGAAUCCCGUGGAAUGAACGUCUUCCUAUCGACCGUCGUCGUCAAGGUGCUAGAUGGAUAUGGAAAUGAACAUCUGGCCCGAGCUCUGUUAGACAGUGGAUCACAAAGCAGUCUCAUGAGUGACCGCCUUUGUCAGAAACUAAGAUUGCUUCGUCAUCGUAUUGACCAACCCAUCCUCGGUAUUGGUGAAUCUCCCAUUCGGGCAGUUUGCUCCGUGACCACCGAAGUGAGAUCGAGAGUUGAUGACUUCUCUAUUCCCCUGAAUUGUUUGGUGCUCAAAAAGCUGACUGCUGAUCUACCUGCUGUAACCAUUACCACUGCAAACUGGCAGAUACCGAACGACAUCACACUUGCUGAUCCCGAGUACAACGUCUCACGAAAGGUAGACCUCAUAAUAGGUGCCGAACACUUUUAUGCAAUCCUCCAGGGUGGCCGGUUGCAAAUUGACCCACACGCCCUGGCCUUAGUGGAAAGUAGGUUCGGAUGGCUUGUUUCAGGAGCAGUGCCUUUUGAUCCCAUACCCCAAGCUCUGGUUUGUUGUCCGUCUAUUUUGGAAACCCUCAACGAGAACCUCGAAAAAUUCUGGAAAAUAGACGAAUUUGAAAAUUCUAAACCCACCCUUUCACCCAACGAUCAAUAUUGUGAGGACUUCUUCAAGGAAACGGUAAGCCGCGAUUCCACUGGUCGAUACUCCGUAAAAUAUCCCAAAAAAGACGAUUUGGAAUCAAUGAUAGGCGAGUCUUACUCCAAUGCCAAGGCCCGUCUCAUCAGCUUGGAAAGAAAAUUGGACAAAAAUCCCAUCCUUAAAGAAAGGUAUCAUGCCUUUAUGGCCGAAUUCAUCCAACUGGGACACAUGCGAGAGGUACCUGUUGACGACCCAGAACCUACUGUUGUAUGCUAUCUUCCUCACCAUGCCGUGUUGAAAGAAUCCAGCACCACUACGAAGGUACGCAGUGUUUACAACGCUUCGGCAAAAACAAGUACUGGAUUCUCUCUCAACGAUUCGCUCCGAGUAGGCCCUGUCAUCCAAGAUGAGCUCUUCGACAUCUUACUCCGCUUUCGCAAAAAUUUGGUGGUAUUGUUGGCUGACAUAGAGAAGAUGUAUAGGCAAAUCGUUCUUCACCCCGAUGACCGACCCCUUCUGCGUUUGUUGUGGAGAUUCAGCCCGAACGACCCGAUUACGAAAUAUGAGAUGACAACAGUGACAUACGGUUUGGGCCCAUCCUCGUUCUUGGCUACCCGCACACUUCAUCAACUUGCGGAUGAUGAAGGUGCUUCUUUUCCUCUCGCCGCAGCCUCUGUGAAGCGAGAUUUUUACAUGGAUGAUUUUGUACGGAGUGAAGAAACCAUAUCUACAGCAAUCCAACUGCGUAAGGAGAUGGACGAACUGAUGAGCCGUGGAGGAUUUUCCUUGAGGAAAUGGUGCUCGAAUUUUCCUGAAGUUUUGGAAGGAGUGCCACCAGAAAACCUAGCCCAUCCUAGCUAUGAAAAUCCCGAACCUGGUAAGGUGGUGAAAGUCUUAGGAAUUUCCUGGGAGCCCGAGCAUGAUUUAUUUUGUUUCAAAUUUGCCCCAUUCACAACCGACGGAAAGAUUACAAAGAACCGAAUUCUUUCCGUAAUUGCCCAACUUUAUGACCCUUUGGGAUUGAUUGCUCCCGUCGUUGUACGCGCGAAAAUGUUUAUCCAACAACUUUGGUUGAUGUCCAUCGAAUGGAAUGAGGAAGUCCCCAAUCAAAUCCGAACUAAGUGGGAAGAUUUUGUAAAGGACUUGUCAUCGCUAGCUGAGUUUCGGAUCCCGCGGUUUGCCUUUGACAGGGGGGAGGUGCAGCUACAUUGCUUCACGGACGCCUCUGAAUCAGCUUAUGGAGCCUGCAUCUACGCUCGGACGGAGAAGGCCAACGGGGAGGUGAAGGUGGUCUUACUGGCGGCGAAAUCCCGAGUAGCACCGCUUCAGAAACGCAGCAUCCCGAGACUAGAACUAUGCGCUGCUCAGCUAGGCGCUCGCUUAUCGACGAGAGUUGUUGACACACUGGACCUGAGAUCUGCACCAAUCUACUACUGGACCGAUUCGAUGGUUGUUAUUUAUUGGCUACGAGCACCAUCACAAACCUGGAAAACCUUUGUGGCUAACCGAGUCGCAGACAUCCACAUCCUAACGAAGAACGCAUCAUGGCAGCAUGUUCCCGGAGUAAAUAACCCAGCUGACGUCGUCUCCAGAGGCUUAACUGUACACCAGCUUCUGACCUGCAAACUAUGGACCCAUGGACCCGAUUGGUUGGGAAGGGGAGAGGAAAAUUGGCCGAAGUUGGAGAUCCCGAGAACCACUAAUAUUGAUGGAGACACUGAGCGCAAAACCACCACCUUGCUAAUCCAAAAUCCACAACCACUUAACCCUUUGUUUACUCGAUCAUUCUCGUACAACCGUUUGCUCCGUACGACUGCUUAUUGUUUGCGAGUUUCUCGGAAGGCGAGAAAAGAACUCAAAGAAUCCACUUUAACCCUCACUCCCACUGAACUCGAAUCUGCCAGAGACUGCCUGGUAAAAUUAGUUCAAGCUGAAUGUUACCACACCGAGUUGAACUUACUACGAAAAGGAAAACCGGUACCAAAAAAAUCCGCCCUAAGUUUGUUAAAUCCUUUUGUUGAUGCUUCGGGAAUAAUCCGAGUCGGUGGCCGGCUCAAAUUGUCCUUGGAAACCUUUAGCACCAAACACCAAAUCCUGCUCCCCGGAUUUCACCGUUUCACCCGAAUGCUUUUGUUGUCAUUUCACAACAAAUUGGUUCACGGGGGAAUAGCGCUUACGCUGGGUGUAGUGCGCAAUGAAUAUUGGCCUACAAAUGGGAGAAGAGCUGUGCGCAGCGUAAUUCGAACCUGUUUUCGUUGUACUCGAGCAAACCCUAAGCCUCUCAAGCAACCAAUUGGCCAAAUACCCCUUGCCCGAGUUACCCCAAGUCGUCCCUUCGCAUCAACUGGCAUUGACUAUUGUGGCCCGGUGUUUGUUAAGUCCCCGAACCGUAAAUCUGCUCCCACCAAAGCCUAUAUUGCCCUAUUUGUCUGCUUUAGCACAAAAGCAGUUCACAUUGAGCUUGUGGGGGACCUAUCCACAGCCUCAUUUCUCUCUGCUCUACAACGUUUCGUGGCCAGACGUGGCAAACCUCAAUACAUCUACUCCGACAAUGCCACAAAUUUUGUAGGAGCUCGAAACGAGCUACACGCUCUCUACGGAAUGAUCUCAAGCCCCAAGGAAACCGAUCGUAUCGCUACCGCUCUCGCAACCGAGGGCAUACAAUGGAAAAUGAUCCCCCCGCGUGCACCCAACUUUGGCGGCCUGUGGGAAGCCGCCGUGAAGGUUGCGAAAAAACAUUUGGUUCGUCAGUUAGGCAGCACCUCUCUACUCUACGAGGACCUAGUGACGAUUUUGUCGCAGAUCGAGGGAGCAAUGAACUCGAGACCGUUGGCCCCUUUGUCUGAAGACCCCAACGAUUUCGAAGCCAUCACUCCGAGCCACUUUUUAAUUGGAUCUCAACUGCAAGCUCUUCCACAUCCCGACCUGAAAGACGUAACUGAGAACCGGCUGAGGAAUCGCUAUCAGGUCAUCCAACAGAAGCAGCAGCUUUUCUGGUAUCAUUGGCAGACAGAAUACCUCAAAGAGCUGCAACGGCAAUCUACUACCAACCCGCAGCAAGUGAAUCUCAAAAUCGGCCAGGUGAUGAUUCUUCAAGAUGACCUGUUACCCCCGGUGCGCUGGCCUCUCGUGCGCAUCAUGAAACUACAUCCUGGAGCUGACGGUGUGACACGGGUGGUGACCAUCCGCACACCCACUGGUGCUAUCUUCAAGCGUGCUGUGGUCAAGCUGUGUCCGUUGCCUACGAUGGACGAAGAGGAGUCAUCGACAGCCGCCCCCGCACUAGGUGACAUCAAUGUUGAUUGA